CGCAAAUUCCCGGCCCCAAGGUUAAGGGUCUAUCUACACUAUCUUACAAGACGAAUUGAACCUAGGCGGCGACUUUUACAUCUCACCCACGUUCCGCUCCCCUUGCAGCCACCACGACCACCACACGCAAGAGAACAAAAUCUCGUCUCACUCUCCGAGAUGUCUGCUUUGCAGACGGCCGCUCGACCGGAAUCGGCGCAGAAGGUGCUGUCGCUGUACCGACAGCUCCUCCGCCAGGGAAACCAGUUCGCCGCCUACAACUUUAGGGAAUACGCCAAGCGCCGCACGAGGGAUGCCUUCCGAGAGAACAAGAGUGUUGAGGACCCGCGCAGGAUCCAGGAAUUGAUGCAGAAGGGGCUGCAGGAUUUGCAGAUGCUCAAGCGCCAGACAAUGAUCAGCCAGUUCUAUCAGCAGGAUCGGCUUGUGGUAGAAGGAGGGAUAUCGGGCAAGGAUCAAGAAGGGCACGGCGAGAUCACCAGGCAGAAGGAUACCGGCUGGGACUGAGUGUGCCCCUGGCCGCGGAACCCCCGCCCCCCUCCCCCUUCUCAAUUACGCUGCGGCUGCCGCCUGGCGCCACAGUCUGUAGACUACGGAACGGCGUCUUUUUGGCACAUACGCUUUGCACUGGGUAGAUGCAAGCAUACUCGGCUUUCGCUGGAGAUGCGGCAAGCGGGUAUCUAUGGAGUUGUGGCGCUGGAAAGAGACUGACUACGCAAGAUGCCUGCCUGGCCGAGCCGCCUCAGUAUUAGCUAUAAUCGGCAGCCAUUGCAAUCAAGGGAGGAUUCGUCCCCUGCUUCAUUGGGAGACGAGGCUAUGUUAUGUAUGUACAGUGAAUCCACAAUUUCACAUGUGAGUUGGUGGAGUAUUUGGCCUUUGUGAGAUAUCGUUGUAAGCGAACCACGAUUCGCCGAGAAUGGUAACGAUACGAAUGCAUCGAAUCGCGGC